ACAUAUCACAAUGCUAGGGACCUAUAGUCAGUAUUCGUGGAUAGAAUUUCUCACUAGGUGUCCAGUAAAAGUUUACACUCUGACUAAAACGGAUGUAAAUAGGUAUCGUUUUGUACUACAGCUCUGCGAAAUAAGCGUUGAAUAGUAAACAAAAUAAUGCUUCAAUAUUCGAAUACUGUUAUCGUAUUUGUGAUACUAUUUUCAAUAUUCAUUCAAACAACGAUUACGCUGGAACCAGAGUUUCGCAUCCUUGCGCCUAAAUUCAUAUGUGGUCAAUUACAAAAACAAACUACAUCAAGCAACCACUCGAAACCAAACAACACCAGCUAUCACCAAAUAACAAUUGGCCUCCAGACAAAGGGUGGCCAACGACUUCACUACCGAGUAAGUGUCAUGUUCAACCUUCUGGAUGGUUUCAUUAGUCAAAGACACACGCUCCAGCUCUGGCGAAGUGUUCGACUGCUAGAAAAACGGUUACACAAAGAAUCGGACCAGAUCUCGGAUAACAAUCGGAUCAUUAUUGCGGAUGGAGAACUGGUUGCCGCAGUAAUCUAUACGUUCAAUAUAGUUGGUAUAGAUGCCGACGGAACGAAGAGUCAAGGUCAGAAUUUCACGAUAAUAUACCGAGGAAAGAAUGCUCGAUCUUCUGUCGAUCGACCGGGAUCAUCGUCCAGUAAUGACGUGUCAUUGAUUCUGCUUGGCGCAGAAGUUAGCUAUUCGGAUGUGCCAUUUCUGAUGACUGCAAAGCUGAUUUUUUGUAACCCUAGAAACAACUACAAGGUUCAAUGGAAGAUUCCCGGAGUGAUAGAUACCUUCAAAAGUCUCGAAACACAGUCCAAUAUGCUGGAGAUCCCUGCUGGAAUACUGUUUCCGAACUCAAGCUACGAACUGAUUGUAACGAUUUUCGACACAGACAACGGUGAAGAAAUUAUCGGAGCCACAAUGAAGCUAUCUAUACUUAAACGCGCUACAAAAGGGUUUCUAUAUCCCGUGGAAACUCUUUCCGGAUAUGCUAGAUCAACAAAAAUUAAUUUCGCCUUCAACAGGGCCUUUGAUGGGAAUUUUUCAUUAAACUGUGUGGAUGGUAGUGGAGAUGAUAGUUGUUCUAAGGAUCUGGUAGUGGCAGGAAAUUCAAUUCAUUUGCCAUUGAAGAAAGUAACAAGAUAUACAACUACUGUUUCAACUGAAGAUUUCAAAACUUUAUCGAUCAUUGUGAUAGAUCCGAAAUCCACAAUCAGUGUAACACUCCAGAAACAGCCCCCUUUGUAUCUGAUCCCAGGGCAACGUUACGAUAUCACUGCUGAAGUUAGCGGUCUGGUACCGAAAUGUUCUUGCAACUGGACAGUAGUCAACGAGAAAGGAUACGCUCAUUUUGACGCUGUGUCCGUAGAUACUCUAGGAGGCAUUAUCAUUAACAAUAUUGAGGAAAACUUUCUCUCUGAAUUGGUAGACUACGGUAACGACACAGUGGAACGAGAAGUUAAAUUGAGCAUUCCUGCAAUGAUAAACACGUCCAAUCAAAGCUUGUUGCUACCAGAUGCCCUUUAUAAAUUCAGACUGAUUACCAAAUGUCCGGAGCCGAUUGACGACAGCGUCAACAAUAGUGACGUAAAACCAAGCAUGGUUAAUAGUUAUUGGGAUAUUAUACUAGAAACAAAUGCACCUCCAAAGGGUAUUCAUCUAGAAGUAAGUCCGAUUCAUAACGGAACAGCGAUGAGCACUUUAUUUACCUUAUCUACAGGAACUGCUAAGGAUUUAGAUAUGGAUUACCCGCUCAGAUAUUCCUAUUGGUAUACGGUGGAAGGAAAUUCUAUAAACAUUGCCGAUUACUACGACGUAACGUCCACGGAAACCAAACUACCUUAUUCGCCGGAAAAAAUCGUUACAUACUACAUAGUUUGUGAUUCGCGAGAUGCCUGUUCGAGAGUCAGCGGCCCCUUAAUCGCUACUAAUCCGAACCUCUUUUUGGACGAACCACAAAUACAAUUUUGGAUGGAUGAAAUACAACAAAAUUUCAAUCGAGGACAUUUUCUGGAAGCAACGAAGAUUGCUUUUGAAACAUUACUCACACUGAAAAAUCAAGAAUCAGUUAUUUACGACAAAACUUAUUCUGAUCUAAUGAUCAUCCUACGGGAACAAAUUCCAGCGAUCCAAAAGGCAUUUGUUGAAGGCUCGUUCUACAUAAAAGAAGAGGCUAUACUCCGAUUUGCGCAACAGGUUAAGUUUAUAAUCGAAUUUAAACAUGGUAGCCAAGAUCACCUUCUGGGACAACUGCUGAAACUCGUCGAUUGCAUUGAGCGAAAGACCAAGCGUCAAACUCGUUCCGCCAGCCCCAAACCGAUUACAAACAUUGUAGAUACAACCAGCACUAAAUUUGAAUUGUAUAAAAGUCUGAUAAAAUCACCAAAUGGAACAAGAGAAUUAAAGGGCAUAGCAAAGGUACAAUUAUUGAGUUACAUUCCAGAGGCAGCACAACGUUACUGUUCUAACCAACAAACCGGGUACUCAGACGAAUGGUUUUCAUUGGAAACCACAAGACUAAAACCCAGCAUCAAAUAUCCUCCUAAAGGAUCUAUUCGUAUACCUGGUGACACCAUAUUUCCACAACGCGCUGUUCUUAGUGGAUCAGGGGGUCCAAAGAUUGAAACUUUACUGGAUACCGCAUCCUAUCUCUGUCUAGGUACGGUAAUAUUUAAUGUAGACUUACUAUCCACGGAGACCCCAAACAGCGAGCUCAGUAUAUAUCAUGUAUUCAUGAUGGUGGUAGAUAAAUACGAAUUUGGAGUGCUUGUGGAAUGGACAACGGGCUCAUACCUUUGGAACAUUACCGUUGCAUCGGAUAGUCCGUCGAACGGAUAUCGGUGUCAACUUUGGUCUGAAGGAUACGAUUGGACUGACAAAUUUUGUUCAAAUUCUGUUAGCGAAAAUUAUGUGUUAUGUAAUUGUAGCCAAUUGAGUUAUCUAAGGAUAAUUUCACGUAAUAUGACCAAUCUCACGAGCAUAGUUCAAAUCUCUACUACGACAACUGCUCCUGCAAAAGAACAACCAAAAACCACGCACGUAAUUCCGCCAACAGUAAUUUUUAAGACUACAACUGACACCGAUAUGAUGACUUUCGCUCCCUUACACACGACAUCUAUCACAGGAGGAAGUAUUUCAACGCCAACCUCAAACAGUUCAUCGAAUAAUGCAUCACAAGACGACACACUACCUGAAUAUGCUAUCAAACCUUCAUCAGCUGUAUCGGUAGUCAAUAAUACAUUUGUAAAUAUUACUCUAGAAAACAUUGGUAAUUUGAGGGCAAAUCUAACUCGCCACCAACUAAUAGGAGGAACAUCUGGUCCUCUCGGGUAUUCAAUUAUUGCUGCACUAACGUUGUGUGCAAUUCUGACGGUGGUUGCACUGGUACUCUACAAAAGACGUCGUCGGACAACUACACUAGCAGAAGAACUGCAGGUCAUAGCGUCCAGGGUACGCAGUCAAUCACUGCCAGUUCGGUAUGCGCGUUUUCAGGACGAGCACAACAUGAGUGGCGACAAUGUGUCUACCAUAUCGGACACAAUUACCGUCUAACUAUGAAUUCAUAAUUAAAUUACCUCUGAAACUUACUUGAUUCUGUUUUGUAUAAAAGCCACUCAUCAACGAUUGUAACUGGGUUUCAUCCGAUUAUUUCAUUAAAGCAUUUAUAAAGAUCCUGUCUAUUUUAUCUGAAA